GUAGGGUGGCUAUAGCAACUAUGCCUGAGGCAUGGCAGGGGUCUAAUCGUGGGCCCAUUGAUCCUGACUUUAGCCAGCUCCCUUGUCUAUGUCUGGUCUGCCGCUGUUCAUGGCCGAGGCCGAGCGCCUGACCUCUCUUCGGAAACCUCUGGAUGGAAGGCCAGACGUGGUCGCUCCGAGGAUGACCGACCCUGCCGGGGCCGAGUGCAUGAGGGGAGUCCCCUGGUCUCUAGACUUGUUCCGUUACAUGUUCAAAGUUUCCAAAGUGGGGGCCCAUGAAGGGAAUUCGUAUGCCGUUGUUUCUUCUCAGGCCGAGCUUGGUAUGGCCGUCUUCCCCUCAUCCUUGAAACUUUGGAAGGCCAAGUUUGUCUUCAUUUCUGGCUUUCCCGGGGACCGGCACCCUUUCCACGCCAGGUUUCCCGACUGUCAUACGUUUAUUCGUCAUCCUCGGCCUCCGGCCACUCCCGAGCUUCAAGCGCACGCGCAAAAACUUUUGGAAGACUGUCGGCCUAAACCACCUCACGUGUACACGGUGUGUACGGAGCAAAACUUAGCGGAGGUGGGGAUCCUUAUCUCCUUCGAGCAUCAGUUCGAGCUAACCGAGGCCGUGCUUGGGGGUCGCCCUAAGCAUGGGCUUGAAGAGAGCGCCCCGAGGAGGUCUGUCCCUUAUAUCAAGGUUCUCCUGUUUGGUGCUAUAUUUUCUAACCGCUAUUUUGUUCUGGCAGGAGAUAUGAAUCCUGUAGAUGUUAUCCGCAAGGCCAAGCUGCUGGCCCGGACUCGCAGUAGAGGAGAAGGGGUUCAGCCGAAACCACCAUCCGAGGAUGCAUCUGGAUCCGUUGCUUCCGCCCCGAACUUGGAGAUAGUUCCGGCUCGGAACCUGAGGAAACGGAAGGUCAUCCAAGUUGAGGAUGAAGAUACCGCGUCCGAGCAGGAUACGGUUCCAAGUCAGCUUCCAUUGAGCAAACGGCCGACUGGUCCUCAGGAUGGGAAAUGCCCCACUUCCUUCGACAAGGUUGAUGGGGAUGCAAAUGCCGAGACCGAGGUCGCAUCUCUGUCCGCGGUGCUGAAAGAUGAAGACGAGAUCCUCGCGUCCUUGCAGGGGUUGGUGGAUGGAUUCCACAAAAAGGUAUCGGCGAAAUUGAGCUCCAUCAGCAAUCACCGAGCCGGGGGUGAAUUCUCCUCAGGCGUGGAUUAUUUGGCCUCGGUGGAAACAGAGUUGUCCCGCCUAAGGAAAUUGGCGGAGACCGAGCACGAACAAGCCGCCGAGCUUGAAAUGCAAGCCGUGGCGAAGUCUGAGGAAGUGUUUGAAGGUCGGAUUUCCGAGCUGGAUGUUGAACUGGCCGAAGCUGUCUCCGCGCAGCGGUCAGUGGAAGCAGAGCGGGAUCAGCUUCUUGCCAAGAAAGAGCAAGCUGUUGCUGAGAAGGAGCGUGCCCUCUCCGACUUCCUCCAGUCCCCAUCCUUCAAAGAAGCCUGUUUGGAGAAAAUGGCCGCUUAUUACGAAGACUGGCUCGAGACCGAGGCCGGGACUGAGAAGAUGGGGGUGGAAGGGACGAAGUGGUUUGAGAGCGGCGUCUAUCACGGGAUUCAGCUCGUCCUUCGCCGUACCAGAAGAGUAGAUCCGUCCUUCCCUCCGCUUGGGGUCGACAUUCCAGAGAUGCACGAUCCCAACUUGAACGCCGAGCUCGGGGAGAAUCCAGACUACCUUGGGACGCCCGAUCACGAGGACAUGGGCGCGGAUGAUGCCGACGAUGAGCAACCCUCAAAUGCUCUUCCUUAGUGUUUUCCUUGUAAUAUUUGAAAUUUUAUCCCUUAUUGUAAUGAAGAUUUGAUCACUGU